GAAAACGCGUCCACCUCACAAACCUAGAUAAAACCCACGACUUUUUAACUAAGAAACGAACAAAUACACGAGUGACCCUAGAAAGAAAACGAGACCAUCCACAGAAAACGGGCCAGACAGAGUUGCACCAGGGGCCUGAGUUGGCAAGUUGGCUGGCUGUUGGGUGGCGAGAGAAGGACAGAGAGGACACUUGUCACCCGGUACUGAGUUCACACGUACCGGAGGCUGACAUCGACAGAGGGGCCGCGGUGGGAGUGUAGCGCUGUCCUGUACGAGGCACUGGUGUGGUGAACGGUGCGGUGUGAAGUGUACAGUGAGGAGUGAGAUCGUGUGGUGAUCUGCCUAUACUGGAAUGUUGGUCUGCUCCGCUAGUCUGGUGCUUGGAAACUGCAGCACCACAGCACAUUUGCUGGAGUGAGUUGAAAAGGAAAACAAAAGAGAAAGAUCAGCUGAAAUCUUUCGCCGCGCACAGCAAACCACAAGCCAUCUGUGCGGGUAGCCAAGUUGCAGCAGUGAGCCGCUGCUGUGUUUGCACAUACACGGCUGGAAAUAGUAUAUCGUGUGGCUCGUGCAGACAUUACUAUUGCCUCCACGUGACUUCCUGGCAACUUCCUGACUCCUUUAGUGGACGUUCCUCUCGCUGUUGGUGUUUGAUGGUGAGGGAAUGAGGCAGUAGUGCGGAGGACGUGCGUGUGUGUGUGUGUGUGUGCGCGCUAAGGUGUCGGCGGCAGGAGGCACGAGUCACAUCACCCCGCAAGAGUGACCCACGCCCAUCUAGAUGCCCCUGAUGCCAUGAACUGUAUUAACGCGACGCCCACGUCCAGUCGUUGUCGCCCACCGCCGGGCCCGCGCCGCAGUUUAACCUACAUGACGCCCGUGGCCAGACAGCUGGGCGGCAUGGCGUGAAGGGGGCGGUCCCGUGGCACCGUGACCACGACGAUCAAAUACCACCCCGCCAUGAGUCACGGCGAGUCGUGUGCGGGUGUGGUAGCCUCGGGCGUGGGUGGCGUGGUGGGCCACAAGAAGCUGCGGCGCAAGAGGAAGGAGCUGGACGCACUGGUGGCGGAGGACAAGGUGCGCCGUAAGCCCGCCACGUCGUCCCACCACGACCUUCUGCGCUCAGACUCAGAGGACCCUGAGGGGGACUUCUCGGGCGUGGCGGUGCUGGGUAAGCAGAUGAUGGGCGGGCGUGGCGGCUUGUGGGCGUGUCUGCCGGGCGCCUGCACGCUGCUGCUGUUGCUCACCACUCUGGUGGGUGUAGCGGCGGCCUUCCGCCUGCUCAUGCUCACCAGAAGGGACCUGGACGCGCUGCACGCCAGGAUCAGCUCAGUUGAAGCGAGCAGCUCAGAGCUCCCCGCCAAGUUCCACCAGUCCCAUGUGCGGCUUCAGGAGUUGGAAAAGAACCAGAGUGCUCUGUGGGCAGCCGUCACUCAGCUCACCUCCUCCCUGGACGCCGUCACCAAGAGGGUGGACCUUCUGGAGGGUGGAGUGAAGGGCAUCGAGAAUUCCCUCAACACCUCACCUCAGCUGUCUUCACUUCCCAAGGAUGUGGCAGCACUUCAGGGAUCUGUAGCAACCUUCGGCUCCUCUCUCACGGAUGCCCAGUCAUCGCUGGAGGAGAUCAAGAAGGAGCAUGACAAGCUGACGGUGGAUGUGAGGGAGGCAGCCAACACCAUUGAGAAGCUCAGGGAGGACAUCUCUGUGCUACAAAACCAGACAGUGAUGGAGCACAGUGGUGGCAGAGGGUCACCUGCCACGCUCGGGGAGAGUGUGGUAGCUCUGAAGGAAAAGAUGGAUUCCCUCACCUCUGCUAUCACCUCCAUCAAUGCCUCCUUCAACCAGCAGGCCACUGACACCUCACUCACCAACCACAGGCUUCAGAGUCUUGAGGAGGCCAGCACCAAUGUCAGUGCCAACCUGAGCCAGCGAGUGUCAUCCCUGGAGGCAUGGCACAGCUUGGUGACCCCAGACCUGCCGUCACACAUUACGAAUCUGAGCACUACAGUUGCCUCGCUGCAGGACGCAUCCCUCCUCCAAUCACAUGCUGUGCAUAAUCUUACCCAGAGUAUGGAUGUUGUUAAAGGUGUGGAGAAGCGGUUAGAGGGCAGCCAGGUGCAGCUGGCCAGCAGUGUGAGUGAACUCAAGCAGCAGCUACAGAAGGUGGAGAAGACUGUGACCACUAUAAAGGCAGCAGCAGCAGCAGCCACCACCCAGGCCCCUGCUGCACCCCCCACCAAACACACAGCCACCUCCAGAGACUGACAGGAGCCCACUCACCUCCGUCGGAUACGGAGGUAAGAGAAGAGCAGGAGGUCACAGCCGACUGACCAUCUCAUGUGCCAAGAAGACCCUGUACUAGUCCUCUACCCUCAGCAGACCCCUCACUGUGUGUCCCUCUGCUCCUGGGAGUGUGUGAGUCAGUGCGUCCGUGUGUCGGCCUUGUGAGUGAGUGGUGGGAAGCAACAAGGCAAGUCACUGCAAAUUGAAAGGAAGCACACAGGUGGAGAACUAAGUUGGACAUCCGUUUAAGUCUUUCUCAAGUUGAAGGUGGAAUUCUACAGAGUGAUUUAAGUCAUUUCUUGGCCACAUAGUGAAGCAUAAUUCUGUAUAUUGAAGGUUUAAGCAUUUUAUAUAUAUUAUACUGAUUUUUUGCUUGUUCAUGUUGCUAUCUAUAGAGCUUUAAGAUGUUUACAAGCCUUUUUAAGUCAUAGUGUUUGUGUGAGUGUGAAGAAAAAAGAGAGAGAGUGUGUGUAAGUGAGAAAUAGUAUUAAAUAUAAAAUUGCACACAAAAUGACCACAAACCUUUUAAUAUUUUAGUCAAUUGGUGUGCCAGAGAUAGUUUCCAUGACAUUUUAUCUUUUCUAUUUAUUGGAUCAGCUCAUAAUAUUGAAUUUGUACCAAGAAAAUCUCCCUUGAAAGCACCCAGCAUGUUGUGAUCCAUUCUCCAUUUGUAAGGUGGUCUUGGGAGGUGACUUGUGUAUCUGAGUGAGCCUGUGGUGUAGCAUUGUGUGGCUGCCAUAUGUUGGGAAUUUAGCUCUCUUAAUUAUUCAGGUAGAUAUGCAAACAUUUAUUCAGCAUCAUUAUUUAGAGUAGUAGUAAAUAUGCCAAAGUUUGAUAGAUGCAUAAGAGAUUUGGGGACUUGAAUGUGAGGGUGAACUUGUGAGGUGGGAAUGGAAUUAUUGGUAAAGACAGGAACACUUGAGAGAUUGCUAUAACAUCAUUCUGUUUUGGAGUUUGGUGCAAGAUUAUUAUUACAUCUUUGUACAUUGGAGUUUGAAGCCAUUACAUUCCAGUUGAGGGCAAAAUAUAAGUCACAGAGGUGCUUUAGUAUUCCGAAAUACUCUCAAAACAUUCCAAGCUUUCAGUUUUGUCUAGAAGCAUUUUGAGAAGGAAACGUCAAGAUUUGCCUCACUAACUUGUAUCAUUGGUGAAACAUUCCAAGCCUCUAGUUUUAUUUAUAAGAGAAGCUUUGAGGAGGAAGUAGCAGGGUUUGUGUUGCAAAGGACUCUAUUUUACUAAUGCUGUCUUUGAAGAGAGAAGAGAGAGUCAGAGGUGCUUCAAAAUAAUUUCAAAACAUUCCAAACCUUUAGUUUUGUCUGCAGGAGGAACAUGGUGAGAAGAAAAGGACUUGGCUUUGCUGAUGUGUGUAUUUGGAGAGAGAGAGAGAGAGAGAGAGAGAGAGAGAGAGAGAGAGAGAAAUAGGAGAGCAGGUCUAUCCUAUCUUCCUCCUCUGGCAUGAUACUGUUGUGAGGAUCGCUGUUGGUGAGAGGUAGUGGGAGCAUAACAUUAGUUUUGUCCAAUGCUCAGUUAGAGAUUCAAACCCAAGGAGAUUCUAGGUUCCACUGGGCUGAAAUUAUUCCUCUCCUGUAGUGUUUAGUGUUGAGAAUAUCAUUAUUGUUUUCCCAUUACUUUGUUGCUCAGUAGUGUCAAAGGCUUAUAGUCAGGAAUACAACAGAUACAGAGGAAUGUUAUAGUUAUUAACUGUAUAGUGAAAGUAUUUUUAGUAAUUUGAGGCUACACCAUUCAUUAUUUUGGAGGUCAUUAGUAUGGAGGACUCUUGAGGCAUUUUUGAUAGUGGCACAAGAACAUUUAAUCGUGAUUUUUAAGCUCCAUCCUCAAACUUUGAAAAAAGGACAACCUUGUUCCUGUGGAUUUGUCUUGGUAGGGAGUUUGAUGGAAAUGGAGGAGACAGAGGUUUAAGAAAUUUGAUAAAACGUUCUUGUGCUACUAGAAGAGACUCCUAUAUAGUCAUAAAACAUCACAUUUAGCAAGAUUCAUUUCACAGUGAAGUAUUUCGUAGCCAUCGUGCACCUUGUUGUCAGCCCAGCACAUCCUUGUCUCCUCACGCCCCUCCUCAUCCCUCUCUGGAAACACAGUUGAUAGAUUAACUUUAUAUAGAUAAGACAAGUGAGUGGAGUGUGAGAGCUAGAGGAACACUGGGUGAAGCAGGAAUUUGUCUGUAAUGUUUUGGCUGUUGUCUCCUCCAGUUUUUUUUUUUUACUCUGAGGAAAUUAACAGCCUAGAUCUAGAGGACAAGGCCAUUAUUAUCAACUGAACUAUUCCCCAAAGAACCUUGUGGGGUAAAAAUUUGCACCACUUGUGUAGAACCUCAUAGCAAUUAUUCUUUAUGAAUCAUGAAUGACUAGAAGGUUUAGUUGAUAUCUGGUCCUAAGGUAUUCCUGGUUCAUUCCUUGUUGCUUCUCACCUCCACCUUUCCCACACUUCAUGUGAACAACUCCAGACUCGGCUCAUGUAAAGCUGAUUCAUCACUUCCCAAGCUCUUUUCACUCACACGAAUAAUGGGAUUGCAUGAAGGUUGGACACCCUUGCUACACUAGGGGCUGUGUUAGGUUAGGUUACCCUACAUCACUUUUUUUCAUUUUACCUUGCCUUAUAUUAUCUUACUGUAGCUCCCUUUUCUUACCUUAUCUCACAUUAUCUUACAUCUUACCUCACCUUACCUUGUAUUACUUUAUCCCACCUCACUUAAUCUUACUUUCUGUAACCUUACUUGACCUAAUCCAACAUUACAAUAACCUAACCUAUUCUGACCAUAACUUACCUUCCCCAGUCUAUCCUAACCCAACCCAACCCCCCGGUAUAGUCAUCCUUAUAAUGAAUAUGCAAUAAUCCUGAAGGCAGUGCAUUGUCAAGAGUAACUUAGUGAAUAGCAUAGUUGUCUCAAAAUGGAUCAAAGGGAGGAGUUAUCAUCUUGCUAUCUUUUGUGGGAACCAGCAUGUGUGUGUGUCUGCCUUGUGUUGUAAAGCCAAACUGAUGGAACAUUCCUGAUCUUGCCAUAACAUGUGCCAUAGGAAGACUGGUAGGCUCUUAUGAUGAAACAACACAUUCCCUGAAGAACUGCAUUUGAGUGGAAAACAGUAGCACUUAUUCUGAAACUCUAGUGAUUAUUCCUAUAGACUGUGAAUGGGAGAAGGGGAAAGACUGAGUUGAUAAUUUGACCUUUCACCAUUUUUGUUUGAGGAAGAUGGACAUGGGACAUUGUUGAGUAGAAUAUUAUAGCAACUUACUCAGAAACUCUUACAGUGAAUAUUCCUUAAAAAUUGUGAAUGAGAAGAUUGAGUUGAUCUGACUUUUCAACUUCUUUGCUUGAGGAAGAUGGACAUCAGACCUUGUUGAAUAGAAUAUAGCAACUUACUCAGAAACUUGUAAGGGGUGAAUAUUCCUCACAGAUUGUGAAUGAGAAAUGGAAAGAUUGAGUUGAUCUGACCUUUCAACAUUUUUGCUUUAGGAAGAAUGUGGGACUUAGUUGAGUAGAAUAUUAUAGCAACUUACUCAAAAAGGUGAAUAUUCCUUACAAAUUGUGAGUAGAACUUGAUAAUCUUAUAACUUGAUAAUCUGAUCUUUCAUUAUUUUUGCUCUAGGAAGAACAUGGGACCUUGUUAAGUAGAAUAUUAUAGCAACUUACAGAAACUCAAAAGGAUGAAUAUUCCUUACAAAUUGUGAGUAGAAGGGGAAAGGUAAUUUGAUAAUCUAACCCAUCUAAACUUUUCACUAAGAUGAUGGUAUGUGAAGCAGACCAACACGUGCAGUCUUGUGUGGAGCCUUUCAAAAUAUUGAUCCCGGUGGUGGUGAUGACGAUGUGGUGGUGGUGAUUUUCCUGUAUAGUUUUGUGUGCGUUGGUCAUAACUAUAUUUGCUCAAUACUGUUUGUUUUGCCAUUUAUAUUAAUACUGCAGAGUUUAAUGACUAUUAUAAUGAUAAAGGAUUUGAUAGUAAGUUUUGAAGAGUUUACCUAAAUCUGUAAUGUAUAGAUUAUUAUUAUCAUUGAUGUACAUGUUCAUAAUAAUUUUAUAUAUACAUUAAUAUAAUUCACUAUCUUUUAUCACAAAUGGAGCCAAAGUGUGAUGAAGUAACACUUAAUACAAACAUACACUUCUGAUUCAUUAAUUUUUUACCUCAUAAUGAGUAUGAACAAGAAAAAUCGACACAAUAUAAAUAAGAACAAAAGAAAAUGCUAUUGAAGUUAUAACUGACAUUAACUUUGAAGUCUAAUUAUCCUUUGUCAUGCAGCUAAAUAGUGACACAAUGGUAUUCAAGAGCAACAUAUAUUUUUAUAGCAUUCUCAAAUAGAAACACUUUGUUAUGUUGACCAUCAUACUUUAGCGUCACAGAGGUGAGGAGGAACCAUGAUGUUCACUGGUGUUUGUUUGGUGUGAGUGUUACGUCACCACUUUUGCUCCCUGUUGGAUAUUGUAGUUUAAUGUAAAGUGUCAACUAUAGUCUUGUAACCUUGAGAAAACUUUGCCACUAUGUCCAGGCAGUGUGUACAUGUGUGUGUGUGUGUGUGUGUGUGUAUUUUGCCAAAUUAUUCUUAUCUACUUGAAUGAUUACCAAAUUGAGUCAAGCUUUUUGUGUUCUGUUGUUGUGUUGUUUUAUUUUGUAUGGGUGUUUUUAUGUGCUUUUUUUUUUUUUUCUGGCUCAUUCAGUUCCUCCUGUGUUCCAUGAGAUCUUCCUUCAUUUUUAAGUUUUCAGUCUCACCAUCAUUGUCUCAAGCUUCUUGCCUGUUUUCGUUCUUCCUUCACUGCUGCUUGUUGCUCUGGUUAAUGUCUGUGGUUCUUUAACCUUGAAUGUUCCUUGGAUUUCUUUCCCACUCCUUAUUCUGUUCCGUGUUCUUUUUUAUUUCAUCAUUUCGGUGUGAGUGAGUGAGUGAGUGCACACCUCAUGUCACACAGUGAGUGGAAGUGUUCCUCCCCAAGUGAUGAGUGGUGAUGAGUUGUGUCAGAAUAGGAUGGCAGGACAGAAGGUCUGUUUUGCAGGUCAAGUUGGCCUUGUUGUCCCAAGUCGGGAUGAAAGAAUCAUUACUUCUACACAUUAAGGUGCAUUUCAUGAUGGCUUAAGGCUACUGAACCAUCUCUAUCUGAUACUGUGUUCCCUCCAAAGACUCCCUCCAGGGGGUGACCACAACAGGUAAGUGUACUGUUGUCUGCUGUCUGUCCCAUGCUUUGUAUACUCUUCCUCUCAGCCCCCCUUGUCCCUCUGCUCCACAGCCUCUCUCUCCCUCUUCCCCUCCCUCUCUGCCUAUAUUCUGAUGGUCUAACUCUGUAUGCCUCUGUCACUCCCUCACUGUGUGGAUGUUUCCUGUGAAUUUGAUGAACUAUAUGAAUAAGCAAAUAUUGUUAUCUAUCUGUCCAUAUUUUAUCGAAUGCAAAGCAUCUUUCUCAUAAUAAUUGAGUAUUAUUUCUUUGGCCAUCAUGAGGUGCACUGUAAUUGUGGGUUUGUCCUUUCCUGGAGUGUGUUGCACUCUAUCAGUCACAAUACAUUACACUAACCAUUUCUAAGUCAACAUUUUUUUUUUUUUCUUACAUUAGGAAUGUAGGCAAUUUCUAAGUCAUAUUUUUUCUUGUUUACAUAGGAAUAUCUAAGUUAUUAUUGCUUGGGCACUUUACAUUGUCAAAGAUGAGCUUUUAAAAAUAAUGAUGUAAAGGUGAGCAAGGCUGUAUAGAGCCUUUCAAAAUGAUAAUGAUGUGCGGUGACUGUUGCACUCACAUCAAGGUGUUGAUGGUGAAAGUUGAGAUUGAACGUGCUUGUUGAAAGGAACAGUGGACAGCAAGAAAUGUAUUGCUUGUUCAUACAUUUACAUCAGUGGCAGCAGCUUUCUUUGAUCCUGUCUGUACAUUCCAUAUAUUCCUGAGCCACUGUUCUUGAGUCACACUGUGAGACUUUUUGAUGAUACAUUGCUUGAUUGAGAAGAACCAUCCAGAUCGUCUUUGCAAGUUUUGUCUUAGCUUUGAUGUUCAAUAUUUCAGUGCUUACAAAAGUAGACAUUUGUAAGUAUUUUAUUGUAUGUGUAGUGUAUAGAAUCAAUUGCAGAUAAUGCUUCUUUUUUAAUGUAGUUUUAGUGUUUUCACUUGCUAGAGAAAAAAUGAGUUAGAACUAUUUCUUCCCUCACACAUUCAUGGAAGAGGCAUGUAGAGAGAGUUACUUCAGUGGCAAUAAAGUCUAUAUAUUGUUAUUGCCAUUACAUUUUCAGUGAUACUCAUUUCCUUUCAUUGUAUCCCAGUCUGUGGUUCUGUUCUGGUAGGCAUUCACUUUUCAGUAGCUUGCAGGACACCCAUCUCAUGCAGAGGAGUGAGGAAGUGCAAUCAUGUCAAACAAUUCGGUGACAAGCCAGGGAAGGUCCUCUUCAUUCCGGUUACUGGUUCAUGCUGUUGUGGAGGCAUGUAUGGUAUUCAUGCAUAUUUUUCUACAUUCACACAUGUAUAUCAAGAUCACCUUCUGUGAUGUUUGAAAGAACUUUAUGAGUAAUGAUAAGUUGUGCAUUAAAAUCCUAAUGAGAAAA